UUGUGGUAAAAAUUAAAAUGUAAAUACUAAAUACUAAAGACUAAGGAGUAAAGACUUUGUACUAAACAUAUAUUCAGUGAUCAAUUAAAUCUUUAAAAAUUAAAACAUAGUACUAAUAUUAUUAAAUAAUUUUAAUGUUUAUGUUCUAUUAAACAUUAGUGCAUACAACAUUACUUAACUACAUUGUCACUUAGAUACUGAAUUAGUAUUUAGUACACACAGGCUAGCAUAUUGCAGCUGUUCUGCACCAUAUCGAACGAUUUAAAAUUAAUAAUCUUGAUUUGUGGUGCAUCGCUUGUAAAACAUAUCGUUCUACGUCACAUUGGUUCAAAAGUAAUAAUACAACCUGAUACUAGAGCAUUAGACGUAGUGUUUGGAUUCUAAAACUAGGAACACUGAAAUUCAAAAGAGCUCCAAAUGGCUUGGAGAUCUCACGGACGAAAUAAUAUUGAACUUGUACAAAAUUUGCGAGCUAACAAUGUAAUUAAAAGUGAUAAAGUAGAAAAAAUAAUGAAAGCUGUUGAUAGAGGAAAUUAUGUAUCAACUUCACCAUAUUUAGAUCAACCACAAAGUAUUGGGUAUGGAGUUACAAUCAGCGCACCUCAUAUGCAUGCAUAUGCUUUGGAACUAUUGAAAGACCAAUUAGUAGAAGGAGAACGAGCCUUGGAUAUUGGUUCUGGAUCUGGAUAUUUAACUGUUUGUAUGGCUAUUAUGUUAGGAGAAAAUGGUAAAGCUGUUGGCAUUGAUCAUAUUCCUGAGCUUGUUGAAAAAUCUUUAGAAAAUGUUAAAAAAGAUAAUCCUGAACUAUUGAAUUCCCAGAAAGUGAUUUUAGAAACUGGAGAUGGACGACUAGGGUUAGAAAAAUAUGCACCAUAUAAUGCAAUACAUGUUGGAGCUGCAGCUGAAAAAAUUCCGCAACCGUUAAUUGAUCAACUAAAACCUGGUGGACGUCUUGUAUUACCAAUUGGGCCACAAAAUGGAGACCAAGUGUUAGAAGUGAUUGAUAAAAAAUUGGAUGGCUCAUUAUCCAGGAAAAAACUAAUGGAUGUGAUUUAUGUUCCUCUAACAGACGAAGCAUCUCAAAGAAAUAAAUGGAACCAUUGACUAUGUACUAUUAAUUUCAUCUGAUAAAAAUUAAAUUACUUAAUUAGUUCUGGAUUAUUAAUUGAUAGUUUUUAUUAAACAUGUACCUAAGCAGAAUAUUACUGUGAAAAUUUUUUUAAA